AUGCCGCCGCAAAUCAAACAAGACCUCAACCGCGCUGGCUGGGAGUCGACCGACUUCCCUUCCGUCUGCGAGAACUGCCUGCCCGAGAACCCGUAUGUCAAGAUGCUGAAAGAGGACUACGGUGCCGAGUGCAAGCUGUGUACGCGGCCCUUCACCGUGUUCUCCUGGGCGGGCGACGGGCGCGCCCACGGUCGCAAGAAGCGUACCAACAUCUGCCUGACGUGCGCCCGCCUUAAGAACGCCUGCCAGUGCUGCAUCAUGGAUCUGCAGUUCGGCCUUCCCAUCGUCAUCCGCGACAAGGCCCUCGAGUUGAUCGCCCCCGGCCCCCAGAGCGAGAUUAAUCGCGAGUAUUUUGCGCAGAAUAAUGAGCGCGCUAUUGAGGAGGGCCGAGCUGGUGUGGAGGAAUAUGAGAAAACAGAUGAGAAAGCUAGGGAGCUGCUGCGCCGGUUGGCCAACAGCAAGCCUUACUUCCGUAAGGGCAGGGAGCUGGACUCGGAGGGCAACCCCGUCGCGGGCGGCAGUGGUAGCACGGUUGGCGGCAAUGCGGUUGUCGGUGCCGGGCUGGGCGGCGCAGGACCGAUCCGGACGCGCGAUACACGAGCGGCGGCUGCAGCGGGUGCGAGGACUGGAGGUGCGGGCAGUGCGCGCCGCGGCCCCGGCGCCGCUCUUCCCCCUCCGGGCCCUAAGGACUGGCUGCCGCCGGCGGACAAGAGCAUUAUGUCACUGUUCAUUACGGGCAUCGAGGACGACCUGCCGGAGUGGAAGAUCCGCGACUUUUUUAAGCAGUACGGCAAGAUUAAGUCGCUUGUCGUUUCACACAUGACACACUGCGCGUUUGUCAACUACGAGACGCGUGAGGGCGCUGAGAAGGCUGCGACGGAGCUCAAGGGGCGUGCUGUCAUUGCUGGUUGCCCGCUGCGCAUCCGCUGGAGCAUCCCCCGGCCGAUUGGCACCAUGAAUAAGGAGGAGCGCGCGGAGAUGCUGCGCGAUGGCCGGUCUGCUUUCCCCGAGGCAAAUCGCAAGAGCGCACAAAAGGCCAUCGAAGCUGCUGGUGCGCAGGGCGGUGCUGCCGGCGGUGCUGCUGGCGGUGCUGCUGCCGAGGCCCAGCAGGACGACCUCGCGGACCUUGCCAUCGCUGCCCCUCCUGGUGCUGCCGACGUGCAGUAUGCCAGUCUGGCGGGCAACUAG